AUGGCUGAAUCGGAAGAUGUUGCCACGCAUAAGCGCAAAGCGACUCCAGAGCUCACCGAAGAGGACACCGCUGGGAAGCGUCUCAAGCUCGACGACGGGAACGAAGAUGUGCCCAACCUCAAUGCGCAUGCGACGGAGCCGGAACCGGAGCGCGAGCCAGGGGCCCGGCGCUCACCCGAAGCGAGGAGACCAUCAGCAUCGGGCGGGCCCCCAAUCCGCCGGGCCGUUAGUUUGGAAGAGAAAAAGCGCGGGCAACGGUUGUUUGGCGGCUUGGUCAGCACGCUCAGUCGGACCACGGCGGGAUCCCAACAGCAAAGGAGGCUCGAGAUCGAGCGGCGGCAGCACGAGAAGGCGCAGCAGAGGCGAGCCGAGGAUGAGAAGCGCAGGGCCGAAAGGCUGGCGCAACUGAAGAGGACACGUCAGAUUGAGCAGAUCAAACUCGAGGAGCAGGCGUACUACAUACCCUGGGAGCUCACCAAAGAGCAAGAGGAGACCAUCAAGGAACAGAUUCGCGCUGCCGAGGAUAUGAUCGACAGGGAGACGCGCGAGUUCAGGUCGCUCAAGGAGCGGCGGCUCAGGGCGCUGGGCGUGAGCCCUCCUCCACGGUCGCCGUCUCCUCCGCCCAGGCAGCAGGGGCAGCAGGAGCAGCAGGAGCAGCAGGGACAGCAGGGGCAGCGGCCGAAAUCCGAGCCAGACUCGGACUCACGGGCAGAAAGAGCCACGGUUGGUGAGCCCCAACCUUCGCCGCAAGAUACUAACCGGGAAGACGCUGUGGCCGCCACCCCGUCGAAGGUACUACGGGGUGAUCAUCAUGACAAGGACCACGAUGAAAACGGAGACGAGAUGAUGCAGGACGAGGAGGACAUCGUCAUAUACUAA